CUCUAAUCAAGCUCUACUUGUUAAUCAGCCGUUUUUAUCAUGACAAUUCGUACCUGUUUGCCAGUGAUUAUUGCAACGGAGUUGUUCGCUCCAUUUGAAGUUAUCCCAUCUAGUGUCCUUUCCUAGAAACGAGGUGAAACCAGUGUCUAUAUGCUGAUUCAAAAACAAAAUGGGAAUAUCGACAUCAAAAUCUCAUUUGGAAAGAAGAAAUACUGUGGCAAGAAGAUCUCAAAGAAGAACAAUACAUGGCCUGAAAUCAAAAGUUGACAAAGUAAUUCAAGACAUCAAAAGAUUCCGGGAAACAGAAGAACAUGAAAAAUAUGCAGAAUUGAUGCAAGAAUUGAAUCAGAUCCGAAACAAUUUAGAAAAGAGAAAAAACGAUCUACAACCACAAGUAAGGAAUAUUUACCAAACUACUUGGAAUAAACUUGAAGAAGCUUAUCAGGCCUUGGAUGACAAAGUUUUCGAAAAUCAUGAGAAAGCUCGAAUGAAAGAAUCAGAACAACACGAGAAGCAGAAACAAAAAGAGAGUAAAUCGAAGAAAAAGAAAAGUGGUACAAAAUUUGAGGAAGAGGAUGACAUAGAAAUAACUGAAGACCAGGAAGAUAACUCCUAUGAAGAAUAUGGUGUCAAUGAGUUUAAUGAAAAAUAUGAAGAACACGAGAAAUCACAGCUAGCUAAUAGUUCAGAAAAAAGACAAACUGUGGAAUUGAAGUUUGUUCAGGUCAUACCAGAAACGACCGUUGAAGCAGAUGUGCACUCUGAAGUAUCUUCUCCAAAAAUGAAAAGUGCGGAAGAGAAAAGAAAAUCCAUUCUGAAAAUGGGGGUGCCCGUUUUGCCAGGAGUAGUAAUGCCCAACAAAAAAAUAUCCAUCGUAUCCCCUGAAGAUGCACCCCACCCCUCAAACGGCAAUUCGACUCUACUCGAUAGAAUAACCGAUAUUAACGAACAACUGGAGGCCAUCGAGUAUCAAAUUGCAGAUUUUGUAGGAAAGAAAAACGGAACACAGUACAAUCGCAUAAAAAAUACCCUCACCAGCUAUUACCAUGAAAUAAGUGACAUGAAAACCAAUGACAGUUUCAACUUGGAUCAAAUUAGGCUUUGCAAAAAUUACAUUGGCAGUUGUUUGAAUUUCUUAGAUGAAAAGUCUGUUGAUGUUAUAGAAGUUGUUGAGGAAAAGAAAGGUGCUCAAACUGAAGAUAUUGCAAAUGAGGAUACACAUCAAGAUGAUGUUUUUUUAUCUGUUCAAAAUAAUGGCUUGAGCCAACAGGAAGUCAGUUUGAAGCUUCAAAAACUCACAAAGACAACUGCCAUUUGAUACUUACUAGAAAAAAAUUGCUUUUUAUUCAAGUUAUAUCAUUUUUUAUCAACAUCUGUUGGUAAUGAAAUACUGGUUGUUGAUUAAGAAACUUUUUGAAAAAUUCAAAUGUAGUGGAAUAUCCAA